AUGCUGGUGCUGGUGACCCUGCCUGUGCUUAUGCUUGAAGCUUUCUGCAGCAGUUUCUGCUGCCCUUCUUGCGUGACCUGCUUUGUGUCCUCUGCAGCCGUUGCUGUUGUGAAUGAGGAUGUCCAGCCCCGGCAGUACCUCAUGUGUGGUCAGACAUCCCAGGUGAAGAUGAAGAAUGUGGUGCCACAUGACAUUGGGGACCCAGAUGAUGAGCCAUGGCAGCGUGUCAAUGCCUACCUGAUGCACGACACUGCUGACUGGAAGGACCUCAACCUGAAGUUUGUGCUGCAGGUGUACCGUGACUACUACCUGACACGUGACUCCCAGUACCUGCGGGACAUGUGGCCAGUGUGCCAGGCUGUGAUGGAGUCAGAGCUGAAGUUUGACACGGAUAACGAUGGGCUCAUUGAAAACGGUGGCUUUGCUGACCAGACGUAUGAUGCGUGGGUGGUGCAUGGAGCCAGUGCCUACUGUGGUGGACUGUGGCUGGCUGCUGUCUGCAUGAUGUGCAAGAUGGCAGAGGUGCUCGGGGAUACUGAGACCCGGCAGAAGUACCUGGACAUCCUGAACAAGGGCAAGGAGGCUUUUGAGAGGAUGCUCUGGAAUGGAAAAUACUACAACUAUGAUAGCAGUGGAAGUAACACAUCCAGCAGCAUCAUGUCAGACCAGUGUGCUGGGCAGUGGUUUCUUGGAGCUUGUGGUCUGGACCAAGGGGAGUUUGAGGUAAGAGAAGGGGCUGCAUGGUGUGGCUGGGCUAAGAUGGGAUCUGUGGCAGGAGGGAAGCAGCAGCAGGGCUGGCAUGUGUUGGGGAUUACACUUUAGGGCCAGUGUGGGGGGCAGCUGCCUGGUCU